AAAAACUAGAGAGAGAGAGAGAGAGAGAGAGAGAGAGAGAGAGGGAUCGAUGGGGGCGGGUCACAGCGGAGCGGAGGAGCAUCUCUCUUUCAGCUCUGUUCGUUUCAGAAGCGCAGUGACGGACAUCCCGGAGUCGAGCACACUGGACUCAUUAACGUAAUGUAGUCUUGAGCAAGUAGAUUUCAAGUUUGAGAACCUUUUCACUCCAUCCACUCACUGUGAAAUGGGCAUUGCGUAGUUGUCGUAAGCACUUAUGCCUUAAAGAAUGAGAACCUUAGGAAGGAGGACUGCUGAAAUGAUGCUACACAGAGAUGUAGAAUGGAGGACCUGCAAGAGUGCAUGACAAGCAGCUCGGUGCCGGUUUGAAGAAAUCAUAAAAAGAGGAGAAUCACAUCACCACCUGAAGCCAUGGGGAUACGACAUCUCCUACUUCUGUUGGUCUAUCUAGACCCGCUGUGUGUUCUGAGCACAUCCACAGCCAAGCGGAGCAAACCCCCUCAAAAGAGACCCCCAAAGGUGAAGGAGGUCAACAGCACCGUUGCUCCGACAGUGGCACCCAGACGGAUCACACAAGUCCAGGCGCCCAUCAUUGGUGAUCAUGACACCUGUCUUGGCUACUACGACGUGAGUGGUCAGUACGACAAAGAAUUUGCCUGCAACAACACUGACCACCGGUACUGCUGCGGGAGCUGCUUUCUGCGCUUCUGCUGUCCUGUGAAAGCCAAACGAGUGGAUCAGAGAGUCUGUACCAACUACAACACGCCCGACUGGAUCAAAACCCAACCGCCCUCACCCGCACCCACAGGGGACACGUACGACCCAGCGCUGGACCAGACCAACACCACUGUCUACAUCACCUGCGGGGUCAUCACCCUCAUUAUCAUCCUGGGAAUUUCUGCCAAAGUGGCCUAUGAUAAAGCCACCAGACCGCCUCAAGAAAUGAAUGUCCAGAGAGCGCUGGCGGACAUUUUGAGACAGCAGGGGCCCAUUCCCAUAUCACAGUACGAGAAUGAAAACAUCGCCGCUAUCGACACCUCGCCCAAAGAGAACACGCCUAUACGGACAUCCAAGAACCACUACACACCAGUGCACAACAAAAACAACCACGGGCAUUAUGGGAAAGAAAACUUCCGCAGUGGUCAAGACAUUCACAACUUUAUCUCCUCCGGCUUUGUGACGCUCGGCAGGGGACAUCCGAAAGGGCAGCACUCUAUAGAUGAUCUCGGGCAGCUGUCAUGGCAGGAGCUGGACGUUCCUCUGUCCUACAGUAACCAUCCACACGACUAUACCAGCCAUCUGGAUCUCACUGGGUCACACACACCCAAAAUCGGACACCGAAUAGAAUACUACGAGAAGCCAAGACUGAACAAUAUCCUGACAUCCCAGACAGAGCCGUAUGACCUGUCCUUCUCCCGGUCCUUCCAGAACCUCACGCACCUCCCACCGUCCUACGAGAUGGCCAUGAAAGCGGACUUAAGUGGCAAGGACGACGAGUACUACAUCCGAAAGCACCAUUUACCCGAUCCGAUGCCUCGCGGCGGCAACCUGCAGACACACAUGAUCAAGCUGAACGUGGAUCCACCCAUGCAGCGCCAGAAGCCCAAACGCGUGCAGCGUGCAAUGUCCCAGGACCACGUACUCUCGCCUGUUCACUCCAAACCGCACCGGGACUACGGCCUGUCGUCAUACAGCGGCGGCGCCGGUGGUCUGUCCCCGUACCAUGGACGCAUCCUCUCAGAGGAGCAGCUGCUGUCGGCUGACCGACUGCACUCCCAGGACCCACUGCUGUCGCCGGAUAAGAUGCUGUCCUUGCGGCGCUCCAGUUUCCGGGAGAAGGCCAUGUCGCGGGCGCUGUCACAUACGGACAUGUUCGUGCCAACCACACCGGUCAUGGACCGGCACUACAAAAUGAUGAAGAUGCAUUCCCACCCCAGCAGCAGCAACAACGAGUCCUACAACACACUGACUGUGAACAGCGCACAGGUGGGCAACAAAAGGCAGGCAUUCGCCAACCGCCGCAUGCAUACGGUGGACCAUCUGCAGUAUAUACCUGGACAUCAACAUCAUCAGUACAGAACCGCCAGCAAGACUGAAGUAACUGUCUGAGAGAGCGAGACGGGAGAGUGAAUGAUGUCAACAAACAAUCCAGCUGGAGGAAUUUGCAGCGGUGUCCCACUUCGACAGGUUUUAUUUUCAAGCAUCCCUCCUUGACCCAGUCCUGCUUCCUGCGCAAGCUUUCCACUCCUUCAGUUCCGGGUCGGCUUGGGAAGGAUCCAGACUUUCUUCUCACACGUAGAGCAAACGCAAGGGCUUCAUACGUGGAUGCUGGACUAGAAACCUGAAACUAUUUUUCCAGAACUGCUGCGAAACCUGCACUGACUUUAUACGUACAGUGAAUCAGAACCUAUAUAGAUUUAUGAUUUCUAACUUGAGUCCUAAACAAUAGCGAUAGCGGUUGAAUAUAAACUGAUGUAAGCACUUUAGCUAGUGCCUCUUCUCAAAACAAGUCCCGUUUCGAUACCGAAGUGGGGAAAGGGUUUAAAAGCACAAUAAAUGACUGACGUCGUUUUUCUUUCCUUUGUCUCAUUCCCAGCUAACAGUGAUCAAUUUUAGAACUUUAGCUAACAUUCUGAAAAAUUUAUGAGCAAAUGUUCUACUUGUAACAUUAAUAGAACAUUCGUUCAAAGUUAUCUGGUGAAAUAUAUAUAUAUAUAUAUAUAUAUAAAAAUUAUUUACACAUUAUCAUGAAAUGUUUGUUCCUAAAACAUUUUAGUUGGAUGUUCCUAUACCAUUUUUGAAAUGUUACUUUUGAAUAUCAAAAGUAACAUUUUAAAAGGGAACAAUGUCCCCUUAACGUUUUUCAAAUUAAGCACUAUCAACUAAAUUUUAUAGUUGUACUUAGGCCCUGUCCACAUGGAGAUGUGUUUAGCUGUAUACGCAUAAAUUUUGUAUUGUUUAGGUGUUUCGUCCACAUGGAUCCGACAUUUUGGGAGAGUGAAACUGAUAUUUUUUGAAUCCGGGUUCCAGAGUGGAUUAAUUUUGAAAACGGCCUUGCAUUUUCGUGUUGACAGCGAAUCCGUAUAUUUUCUGAAACGAUGAUGUCAUCAACCCACGUCUCGCCCCUAGUCAGACACCGCUACGUCACGUAACAGAAACAAAAACAUGAACAAACACUGAACAAUUUUCUUUUUAUUAACUAACAUUAAUGCAGAUUAAUUAAUGUAUUGUUCCAUGUUCUUUUGUAUACCACGCAAAAGGUUUAUGUGCAUGGUCCAAGUCGUCUUCUCCAUUUUUAGUGUAUCUCUGUGGCAGAACUAAAGCGCCACAUACUGGUCUGGCAUGUAUAUAACAUCGUUUUGUGUCGGUUUCGUGGUUUCGUGUGGACGCAGAUAUUUCUUGAGAUGAGGGGGAAAAGAUCAGAUAGGGUAAGCUCUGGCUUCAUGUGGACAUUAAUAAUUAGCCUUAAUGUUAAUAAAACAUUUUAAUUAAUAAUGUUCUCAAAGCAUUAGCACAAAAACACAUUAUUUAUUCAUUGAUCAUGGAACGAUUGUUCCUGAAACUUUUUGGAAUGUUUUCUGAAACAUUUUAGUUGGACGUUUUUCAAAUGUUUCUUUGGAAUGUUGGAGAGCAUUCAGAAUUAAUGUUUGCAAAAUGAUCAAAUGAAACGUUUUAGUUGGAUGUGUAUCUAACAUUUUUUAAAUGAUGCUAUUUGUUUAAGAAUGUUCAGAGAAUAUUCUAAAGUAAUAUUCAAAAUGACAAAAUGGAAUGUUCCCUUACCAUUCAUAUUACCAGGAAACAACAUUUUAAACAUUAAAAACUGGACAUAAAAGAGAUUGUUCAGAAAUAAAUUUUUUAUAACUUGAAGGCAAUGUUAGCAAAAUUCUUAGAGCGUAUCUUUGUUAGCUGGGUUAUCUCUGUUUGGUUUCUGGGUUUCCUCUACGAUACGCCAGUCAUUGAGUUUUUAGUGCACCUGUGGCAGUGUUUCAUUCGGUGUAGGUGAUUGUAAAUAUGCUCAGUUAGCUGCAGUUAAACAGUGAGUUGGCUUUGUGGGUUAUGGGUUGCUUUUUACAUUUUCAUUGGUUCUAUUCGGACAUUUUCUAGCAUAAUCAACCCACCCGAAGUAUAUAUGACCCAAAUGUGUACAGUAACGUUUGUGUGUGUGUGUUUUUUAAUCUGUACUUGUAGACUAAUGGUGAAUAAAUUUGGUUGAUUCA